AUGGUCGCCGAGUUUCUCACCAUCCGUAAUAACACAUCCACUCCAAUCGUGCUAAAGCGUAUUGAGCGCUUCGCAGCACCAGAGUCAAGCACCGAUAUCACACUUCUAGCCAGAAAUUUUACACGUGUUCUCACAAAUCAAACCCGCACCAAUGCCCCAGUUCUCGCAAUCACCGAACAAACAAGACCGUUCGAGGAACUGCAAGGUCUCGACAUCCGCGUGGACCCAUUCACAACCAAAAAGACCGAGCGCCGCGUCUUCAAGAACUCCGAAAAGGAGCGCAUGCGUCUGACCUUCGAUGUCGAGGGCGAGCGACACCAGAUUCAAACCCCAGUCCCGACCCUCGAGUCGGCGACCAUGAACGCGCUGACCCAGCACCCCAAAUACCGCUUCACAGGUGUUUACAUCACCCCGGAGUCUCACUUGACCAUCUUCUCUUCCGCGAAUCUAAAUGCCUGGAUGCACGAAUUGCGUGACGACACCUUGCUUUCCGCGCUCUCAAUUCCAGGAACUCACAACUCCCCAACAUGCUACAUGGCCCCACCUUCCGUGCGCUGCCAGGCCGUCAGCCCGCGCGAGCAAUUGAAGAACGGCGUCCGCUUCUUCGAUAUCCGUGUUCAGCCGCAAUAUCCAGAUGAUCCGGCGAAGGAUGAGCUGAUCCUAGUGCACAGCGUUUUCCCCGUCUCGUUUACCGGAAAUAAAUACUUCCGUGACUUGAUGAAGGAGGUCAACGAGUUUCUGGAACAGAACCCGUCCGAAACAUUGGUCAUCUCGCUUAAGCGAGAGGGUACUGGGAAUGCGAAGGAUGAGCAGCUCGCUCACAUCUUGCACCAGCAUUACGCAGGUGAAGGCAGUCGCUGGUGGGUUCGGCCUAAGAUCCCGACUUUGGGCGAGGCGCGCGGCAAGGUGGUGCUUAUCCGCCGUUUCAAUUUGAGUGAGGACCUAAAGAAGGAACAUGGAGGGAAUGGAUGGGGAAUCGAUGCUGCUGCUUGGGAAGAUAAUACCCCCAGCGCGACUUGCCCGAGUGGACAGCUCUGCAUUCAGGACUUCUAUGAGGUUCAGGAAUCGACUAAUAUUGAGAAGAAGAUUAAAUUUGUCAAGGAGCAGAUUGAUCGCGCUUCACAUGUUCAUUAUCCUUCUGGUGUGCUACCGAGUGCACAAGAGACCCGGAAGUAUCCUUUCUUUAUCAACUUCUUGAGUGCCAGUAACUUAUGGAAGACUAAUACUUGGCCGGAGAAGAUCGCUGCCAAGGUGAACCCGGCUAUUGUUGACUAUCUUUGCCGUCGUCACAAGGAUGAUGAUGGCGACUGCUCGACAGGUAUCUUGGUGACAGAUUGGGUUGGUCACGAUGGGGACUGGGACCUUGUGCGUUGUAUUGUGGGCAUGAACGCUAAGCUGCGUCUGAACCAGACUAAAUAG